AUGUCUGCCGAUCCCGAUCAGAACCCCUCCCCCGCGGACUUGGCCGAACGCGAACGCGAGGACAAGGAGCGCAAAGCCCGCGAGGAUGCGGAACAAGCCCAACUCCCCUACAAGUGGACGCAGACAAUUCGCGAUGUCGACGUCACGGCCCCGAUCCCCGGAAAUCUCAAGGGUCGCGACUUGAAUGUCGUCCUGGCCAAGAACAAGAUUAGCGUCGCGAUCAAGGGUCAAGAGCCCCUCAUCGAGGGUGACCUCCCCCACGCUAUCCGCGUCGAUGAGUCCUCCUGGACCCUCGAGACCACCCCCACCCCGCCCGGGAAGGAAAUUAACAUCCACCUCGACAAGGUCAACAAAAUGGAAUGGUGGCCUCAUGUCGUGACCAGCGCCCCUAAGAUCGAUGUCACCAAGAUCACACCGGAGAAUUCCAGCCUGGGGGACCUGGAUGGCGAGACUCGCGCCAUGGUCGAGAAGAUGAUGUAUGACCAGCGACAGAAGGAGAUGGGUGGCCCCAGCAGCGACGAGCAGAAGAAGAUGGAGCUUCUGAAGAAGUUCCAGGCCGAGCAUCCUGAGAUGGAUUUCUCCAAUGCGAAGAUGGGCUAA